GACAACUACGUUUUACGCCUCUUUACCUCCCCUUUAUUCAACAAACAUCCGUGCGGAAAAGUGCACAAGUUUUCUUUUAUUCCUUUACAAGACCUUGCCGCAUUUUCCUUCUCCCCUUUUUUUUGGCGGCUUAGUAGCUGGAUCUCAGGAUAGUCUUUGCAGUGCAUACCGGACUUUUCUGCGGUGCUUGGUAGCAACUUCGUGUAGAACCUCCUAACGGCGUGUACGACUUUGAACGACUUAACAUAAUGGCUCUCUCAUCGAAUGGACGAGGAAAUGGGCCCAACGCCACUGUUGCUCAACGCCUCCAAAAGGAGCUCAUGGACAUCAUGACCAAGCCCACGCCCGGCAUCACAGCCUUCCCCGACGACGAAAACAUGACCAAGUGGACGGCCACCAUCGACGGCCCCGCAGACACACCCUACGCAAACCUCGUCUUCAAGCUCUCGAUGGAAUUCGCAAACAACUACCCCUACAGCCCACCAACCGUGCUCUACAAAACCCCCAUCUACCACCCCAACGUCGACUUCUCGGGCCGCAUCUGCCUCGACAUCCUAAAGGACAAGUGGAGCGCAAUCUACAACAUCACCACUGUGCUGUUGAGUUUGCAGAGUCUGCUGGGUGAACCGAACAACUCAAGCCCUCUAAACGGCCAGGCCGCAGAACUCUGGGACAAGGACCCUGCUGAGUACAAGCGUCUCGUACUGGCUCGCCACAAAGCACCCGAGGAACUAGACGCUUGAUGGAUAACACUCUACAUGCACAUACACAUGUAGUAGUGUAUAUUCGCGGCACUUG